AUGGAUAGUGCACAGCCACCGAGUGGGGAAUUGAACACUUCGUUCAAUACUCUAAUGGUUGCUGGAGGUGACCAGAGUCAACAGCCUCAGGAUGCUGGCAAUGAAACCAGCUUCACGAACUGGAAAGACCUUCCCAUGGAGCUACUCCUGCGUAUCAUUUCACUAGUUGGAGAUGACAGGAUAGUCAUUGUGGCCUCCGGUGUAUGCACAGGAUGGCGUGACACAUUAGGGUGGGGAGUUGCAAAUCUUUCACUAUCAUGGUGCCAGGGCCACAUGAAUGACUUGGUGAUGUCACUGGCUCACAAAUUCACGAAGCUGCAAGUUCUAUCUCUACGCCAAAUCAGAGCUCAGCUAGAAGACAGUGGCGUGGAGGCCGUGGCAAACAACUGCCAUGAUUUACGCGAGCUGGAUCUUAGCAGAAGCUUUAGGCUCAGCGACCGGUCCUUGUACGCUCUGGCGCAUGGGUGCCCUCACCUUACAAGGCUCAACAUCAGUGGGUGCUCCAAUUUCAGUGAUGCGGCUCUCGUGUUCCUCUCUAGCCAGUGCAAGAACCUGAAAUGCUUGAACCUGUGCGGGUGUGUGAGGGCAGCUUCUGACAGAGCACUACAGGCCAUUGCUUGUAACUGUGGCCAGCUGCAUUCGUUGAACUUGGGCUGGUGUGAUAGCAUCACUGACAAGGGAGUGACCAGCUUGGCUUCAGGAUGCCCUGAGCUCAGGGCUGUGGACUUGUGCGGUUGUGUUCUUAUAACAGAUGAGAGCGUGGUUGCACUGGCGAACGGCUGCCCUCACCUGCGUUCCCUGGGCCUGUACUACUGCCAGAACAUCACUGACCGCGCCAUGUACUCCCUGGCCGCCAACAGCCGCAUGCGGAGCCAGGGCGGGGGCUGGGACGCGACAGCGAAAAGCGGCGGCGGUGGCGGCAAGGACCGGGAGCGGGACGGGCUGGCGAGCCUGAACAUCAGCCAGUGCACGGCGCUGACCCCGCCCGCGGUGCAGGCAGUGUGCGACUCGUUCCCGGCGCUGCACACGUGCCCGGAGCGGCACUCGCUCAUCAUCAGCGGGUGCCUCAGCCUCACUUCCGUGCACUGCGCCUGCGCGCUGCACCCUCACCGAGCCGGGCGCGUCAUCCUCUCCAACCACGCCUACUGA